GUGUCAUUGUUCUGGGGCCCCCAAGUGUCAGGGUGUCAUUGUUCUGGGGCCCCCAAUGUCAGGGUGUCAUUAUUCUGGCACCCCCAAGUGUCAGGGUGUCAUUAUUCUGGGACCCCCAAGUGUCAGGGUGUCAUUGUUCUGGACCCCCAAGUGUCAGGGUGUCAUUGUUCUGGGACCCCCAAGUGUCAGGGUGUCAUUGUUCUGGACCCCCAAGUGUCAGGGUGUCAUUGUUCUGGGGCCCCCAAGUGUCAGGGUGUCAUUGUUCUGGAUCCCCAAGUGUCAGGGUGUCAUUGUUCUGGAUCCCCAAGUGUCAGUGUGUCAUUGUUCUGGAUCCCCAAGUGCCAGAGUGUUAUUGUUCUGGGACCCCCAAGUGUCAGGGUGUCAUUGUACGGGACCCCCAAGUGUCAGGGUGUUAUUGUUCUGGGACCCCCAAGUGUCAGGGUGUUAUUGUUCUGGGACCCCCAAGUGUCAGGGUGUCAUU